UUGGCAACCUCCCCGGGACUCGCCUCUUUCGCUUGCAGCGAUGCCCAAAAAAAAAAAAAGGCGCUUGUAUUCGGGUAAUUACAGGGCCGUCGCUUCUAAAGGCGUCAAGGCGCAUGCUCAGUCUGUGGUCACGUGAUGCCUGUCAUGGCCGCGUCCGUGGCCUGGGGAGGUGUGAAUGCUGGGUUCCUGCUGCGGGCUGCCAGGGGUGCCUGGUGGAGCCGACCUGGGGGCUUUUGGGGGUCUGGGGAGGCGGCGGCGCCAGCGAUAGCCAGGAAAUUCCGGGCGACAGGUACCUGGGGAGCCUCGGGUGGGCAUCGUUAACCCAUCGCACGCCAGCUGGGCCCGGCACGGCAGCUCACCCAACCGUGUUUUCCAGGCUCGCGCCCGGCGGGGGAGGAAGAAGCCGGCGGCCCCGAGCGGCCCGGGGACGUGGUGAACGUGGUGUUCGUGGAUCGGUCAGGCCAACGGAUUCCGGGGCCUGCGAAGCUUCCUUGGCGUGCUCCACCUGCCACGUGUAUGUGAGUGAGGACCACCUGGACCUUCUGCCGCCUCCUGAUGAGAGGGAGGACGACAUGCUGGAUAUGGCCCCCCUCCUCCAAGAGAACUCCCGGCUGGGCUGCCAGAUCGUGCUGACGCCUGAACUGGAAGGGGCCGAAUUCACCCUGCCCAAGAUCACCAGAAACUUCUAUGUGGAUGGCCACGUCCCCAAGCCCCACUGACAGGCGCAGCUGGACGGUCCCAGGCACUGACGACCCCAGGGCCAGGACUGGAAGAACACAGCCAAGAUGCCAGCCCAGCCCAGGGCGCGGACAGAUCCGAGAGAGAUGGCGGAAGCACCCAGAAAGUCAAAACCCUGGCUUCAGAGAGAUCCCAUGUCCCAGCUCUGGUGGGGCCAGGUCCCCUAUUGGGGCCGCCUCAACCAAGCUCCUGAGAAUGGCGGUGUGGAUAGGGGUGGAAUCUAAUUGGAGCGAUAAUAAAACUGUCUCACAGAUAA